AUGGGCACCUGCACUCAAGUGAAGCAACCUCUGCAGGGAACUUUCCAAGUCCUUCGUGGCAAUGGCACUUCUGUGGGGACAGUGCUGCUGUUCCAUUGCCCCUCUGGCCACCAGAUGGGAGGGCCUGGUCUGAUCACCUGUGCCUGGAAGGGGAGCAUUGCUGAGUGGUCAUCAGGGACACCUUCGUGCAAGUCUGUGCUCCCAUCUGAGACCUUCGGCUUCAGGGUAGCUGUGAUUGCCUCCAUUGUCAGCUGUGCCAUCAUCCUGCUCAUGUCCAUGGCCUUCCUCACCUGCUGCCUAAUGAAGUGUGUGAAGCGGGCAGAGCAGCAGCGCUCUGACAGAACAGCCCAGCUGUGGUACCAGCUUAGAGGGGAGGACCUGGAAACAGUACAGGCUGCCUAUCUUGGCCUCAAAGGACUCAACAACAACAACAGCCACCCCAGGAGCCAGCCCCACUUAGGGGAAGCUACCAUGCAGGCACAUGACAACCACUGCUUCACCACAGACUAUGGUGAAAGCACCAGAGAGCUGGCCAGCAUGGGCCACAGCAUGGAUAAGGACCCUUGGAUCCCUGAGCCUGGUGCUCUGAGCCCCAGCAUCUCUUCCAGCUUACCCCACACCCAGGUGAUGGUGCACAUAGAUAACCCUGCACAGACUCUGCCUGCUGGACCCACCCCAGGAAUGCCAGGACAGGCAGCAGCAAACAUCCCAGGGUAA